AUGUCCGUCUUUCUUAUUCGACAAAUUGCUAUAAUACAAUUAGGAAAGUUUUAUACAUAUAAAAUCAGUAUUAUUGAUGAUCAUGAAAUGAUUGAUACAGGUCUUUAUACAUCUAUGCGACAUCCAGCAUAUGCUGGUACAUUUCUUGAAUUCACUGGUGCUGCUUUUCUUUAUAAUCAUUUUAUUUUAUCAUGGUUUAUAUCAUUAUCUUAUCUUAUUGUUAUACAUAAACAUAUUAAACAAGAAGAAAAAACGUUAAUUGAAGAAUUUGGAUCAAAAUAUGAAGAAUAUAUGAAACUAGCCGGCAUGUUUUUGUCAAAAUUGAAAUAA